AUGCCCGUUGAUCAACUUCGCAAGGGCUACCCUCGAGUCCACCGCUACAUCACCACACACAAUCGAGAGGGCGAGGCAAUAUUCCUCUCGGGCAGCCAAGUUCCUGAAUGUGCGCCUUUUCGCUCAUGCGGCGAAGACGGCGAGAUCGCUUUGUUAUAUGCAACCGACACGUUUCCCGUGGAAUGCCACAACGAAGUCGAUGUCGCUGUCUACGAUUCUUACCUACACACACCGCCAGGCAUGACGCCCGGACACGGGACCAUGCUUCGAGUGAUUGACAUGCAGCCGCUCAAGGAGACGCCCAUGCAUCGCACGGUGACAGUCGAUUACAGCGUAGUGUUAGAGGGAGAGGUGGAUCUAGUCUUGGAUAGCGGCCAGAAACGGACGCUCCGGCAAGGAGACGUUAGCAUUCAGCGUGGAACGGCGCAUUCGUUCAGGAAUCGCAGUGAUACGAAAUGGUGUCGGCUGUUGUUUGUGUUUAUGCCUAUGCAGCAGCUGAUCAUCGGUGGGAAGAAGAUGGAAGAGGAGUGGUACCAAGAGCGGUAUGAUAGCAGGGAUGAGCAGGAUAGAAGGGAACAAGAGGGGUCUCACGACUAG